AGAGUUCGAACUGUGAAUAGCCAUGUCUGUGCAGGUCGCUACCGUCAAAAUGGCAGCUAUGGAGCUAAAAGAUAUGAACAGCGAACGGCCACCCGAGGGCCUCUCUCUACCAACUGUUCCAGCAGUCCCGGCCGUACCAGCCGCCGUUUCACCCACAGAGCCAGACAACAGUCCGAUCCCAGCUCUCAGCCAGCCGAUAAAAGGAGCACCGGCUUCCGCCAUGAAAAGAAGUGACCCGACGCAGCGGCCAAAGGACGGUGGCGACGAAGCAGGGAGCCCAGAAGGAGCGGUCAGCGAAGCCCCACGCACCGUCAAAAAGAUCCAGUUUGCAGACCAGAAGCGAGAGUUUAAUAAGCGUCCUACAAAAAUUGGUCGCCGAUCUUUAUCUCGUUCCAUUUCUCAGUCUUCAACUGAUAGUUACAGUUCAGCUGCUUCCUACACAGAUAGCUCGGAUGAUGAGACCUCCCCAAGGGACAAGCAACAGAAAAACUCAAAGGGUAGCAGUGACUUCUGUGUGAAGAACAUAAAGCAGGCAGAGUUUGGACGUCGGGAGAUAGAAAUUGCUGAGCAAGAGAUGCCUGCUCUUAUGGCUCUACGGAAGAGAGCACAGGGUGAAAAGCCGCUGGCGGGUGCUAAGAUUGUAGGCUGUACCCAUAUCACAGCACAGACUGCAGUUCUGAUUGAAACUUUAGGAGCCUUAGGUGCACAGUGUCGUUGGGCAGCCUGCAACAUUUAUUCAACACUCAACGAAGUGGCCGCUGCUUUGGCUGAAAGUGGGGUACCUGUGUUCUCCUGGAAGGGGGAGUCUGAAGAUGAUUUCUGGUGGUGCAUUGACCGCUGUGUGAAUGUGGAAGGUUGGCAGCCUAAUAUGAUACUGGAUGACGGUGGUGAUCUCACUCACUGGAUUUACAAGAAGUAUCCAAAUAUGUUCAAAAAAAUAAAAGGAAUUGUAGAGGAAAGUGUUACUGGUGUACAUCGCCUUUACCAGUUAUCAAAAGCUGGAAAAUUGUGUGUUCCUGCAAUGAACGUCAAUGAUUCUGUCACAAAACAAAAAUUCGACAACCUCUACUGCUGCAGGGAAUCCAUCUUAGAUGGCCUUAAGCGGACAACAGAUAUGAUGUUUGGUGGAAAGCAGGUCGUGGUGUGUGGAUAUGGAGAGGUUGGUAAGGGAUGCUGUGCUGCUCUUAAGGCAAUGGGAUCAAUUGUGUACGUGACAGAAAUUGACCCCAUCUGUGCCUUGCAAGCAUGCAUGGAUGGAUUUCGUCUUGUCAAACUGAAUGAAGUAAUCCGACAAGUAGAUAUUGUCAUCACAUGCACAGGCAACAAGAAUGUGGUGACAAGAGAACAUUUGGACCGCAUGAAGAAUGGAUGCAUUGUCUGCAACAUGGGGCAUUCCAAUACAGAGAUUGAUGUGGCCAGUCUUCGUACUCCCGAACUCACCUGGGAGCGUGUCCGAUCUCAAGUUGAUCAUGUGAUCUGGCCCGAUGGCAAAAGGAUAGUUCUCUUGGCAGAGGGUCGUCUGCUAAAUCUAAGCUGUUCAACUGUCCCAACAUUUGUGCUGUCUAUCACUGCAACUACACAGGCACUGGCUCUAAUUGAACUCUACAAUGCUCCUGAAGGACGUUACAAGCAGGAUGUGUACUUGCUUCCUAAGAAAAUGGAUGAGUAUGUUGCCAGCCUUCAUCUACCCACCUUUGAUGCCCACCUAACAGAACUUUCAGAUGAGCAGGCCAAAUACCUUGGGCUUAACAAGAAUGGGCCUUUCAAACCAAACUAUUACAGGUAUUAAUUGCAGAUGGUCCCAUAAACAAGGAGCAGUAAAAAGACUUGGAUAUGCCUGGAAUAAAAAAAAAAAAACACUAAAAACAGAAAAAAUGACUCUCAGCGACUGCUGUACAACUCCUCAAACAAAAACUGGAUUUUCUGCCAUAUUAGCUAAUUUUGCAUUAAGAUAUUUAUUGAACAGAAGAUGUGUAAAACAUGGGUUUUGUUGUCUCUUCUAGUCCUGUGACCCAGCCACAGAGAGAGAGAGAGAGAGAGAGAGAGAGAGAGCAAGGUGGUGGGAGGGGGGCCUGUAUAAGUUUUACACAAGACUUCUUAUAUUCAUAUACUGUACCAAUAGGCUUCUUAGAAUCUGCUCACUGCUCAUCCCAUCACUAAAUGGCAAGGGAAACCAGUUAACUAGUGUGAAUUAUGGGUUUUGAGUUGAAUUUAUAAAUUGCUUUAACAUUCACUUUUAUUUUUUCUUUUAAAUAUUUGAUUUUUCCAAAGACGGAAUUUUGUGGACAUCUUAAAGGAAGCCGUCUAGUGAUCUAAAACUUUUACUGUGGUUUUUAAUUGUGGUACAGAUUUUUUUUAUCAGUUAUUUCCCUUUGUGUCUUGUUCUGAAUAACAUACCCUAAGUCUGCACCUCUUAUGCUGCUGUAGUAGUUACUUAACCUUGUUUUUGACACUAAGGAAUCCUUCACUAAACUGUGCUAGUGGUUUGAAGUAGUUAGCAAGCACUCAACUAAAUUAACUGAAGUGUAUAAUUUUUCACCUGAUGACAAAUGUGCUGCAACAAAAGGAGUUUAACUCAUUUAGUGCCAUGCAACAAAAAAAAAUAAGCAGUAUUUGUGAUUUGAGAUAUACUGCUUUGCUCAGGUAGCCUGGAAUAAGGCAUCUAAAUUUAUUUCAGCCAUUAUGGGCUGCUAACAUGUUUAUUGAUCUUUAUAAUUCACAUAAUCCACUAAGCUUUUGCUUAGUACUGACCUGGCACUGCUAAUGGUCAGUCAGUUUUAGUGCCCAUAACAGUGACAUGAUUUUCUGUCACAUGAGCCAUAUUGUGUUCCCCUCAUAUUUAAAGACCCCAAGAAAAAGAGCACCUUGCUGUAUAAAACUAACCCUGCCUGUGUUUCUAUAAGAAUUUCAUUAAAUGUAUGUAAUGCCUAGAAGUGGUAGGUGUAAGAUGUUCUUUAAUGUUUUGUGCUCCUGUUACUGUGAGAUUGUGCUCUGUAAGGCAUACAUUCCUUACAUUUAAUGCAAAACACUUGUGUAAAAAUGCAUAUGGAAGGGUAAUAUUAAAAACCGUAUAUACCUGUGGUAUGUGUUUUUCAUAGGUGCCCUUUAAUAAAGGAGAGGUUCAGCCUUCCCAGUACUCAUCUGGGUAAACUUUGCAGCCUUUAAUCAUUUUUAUUAGAUCUCCUUUUGUUUUGUUUUGUUUUGUUUUUUUACCUAUUAGUAUGUUUGAUAUUUUAAUGUUCAUUAGAUAGCAAAUCUGAAAUAGAAACAAUACAGGAAUAGCCUGUGCCUGUUAACAUUCACUACUAAUCGGCCAUACUGAUAUGACAGUUAAUAUUCUUACCUGCAACCUUCCUCUGGUCCUGUCAGUCUUGCUGCAGUUCUUUACAAAGAAUUGUAAAAACUGUCUUCCUUAAUUGGGCUAACUUAAUGUGGCCAGACAUUGACAUGUGUCAAACAAAUGUUUGGAAUAUCAUUCCUAGUUGAUCUAUCGGGGUUGGAAAUUUGAGCUUACUAUUACAUCUAUCCAUGCACUGCCAUUGUGAACAUGGGACAACUGUGCAGGAAGUGAUUUUAUUUCAUAUUUGGAAUUUAAUUUUAUCUGCAGUGUUUCAUCUUGUGUGUAAUCACUUUAUAGAAUUGUCUAGGCAAAUCCAAAAUGAAACCCAAGUUACUUGCUGCUGUUACAGAGUACCUUAGUACCUUAUUUCUACCAGCUUUUCCAGCCACUGCAGUGGUAUUAUCACACUAUGCUUUAAUGUCCAAUCACUGCAUGUGGAUUAUUCUGUAACUUAGCCAAUUAAAACCCAUUUGUCUAUUUUUUUUUUUUUAAUUUGUUGUUUUUAAACCUUCUGCCUUACAUGUGUAAAACAUCUUUUCAUUCUGUUUAGAGCUAGAAUACAUUAAGUCUUCCAGCCUUAUAUUCCCUGUUAAUGCUGUGAUGUCUCUCUGCCCAUUAGUAUAACCAACUAGUACAAGCUGUUAGUUGGCAUUAAUUUAAAGAGCUAUAAACAUUUUUAGAACCCAUUGGAUUUCCCAGUUUUCAAUAUUGCUAAUGAGGAACUGUUGCUGUAUUAUUUACAUGAAUGCAGAGCUUUGCGGGGAGGGGGUCCAUGUAAUCAGCUAUCCAUGAGGUGAUUCGGGAUAAAAUGGCAGCCAUCGAGCCUGCUGCAGAACUCUUAUUUUCUUGCCAUUUCUACAGCAGCAUAGUGAGGUAUUUCAGCUUGGCAGUGAUGCAUUUUGAGGCAGAGGCUGGGCUCCUCUGAAAGGGGAUAACAUUUAGAAAAAGGAAGGGAAAGGUUUGGAUAAUAAGCACACAGUUUUCCAGGUAAUUAUGAUGCUUAACCUUGGCUUAAGAGAAAGGUAUUAUGAAGGCCACUUCAAAAGAGCAAGAACUGAACUGUGUUUUUAAAGCAGACGUCUGCCUUUUUAUUCCCACUUGUGACUUUGGUUAUUGUUUUAGCACCUUCUUUUAUUUGUUUUAUUGCUAUUUCAUCGCGGCACCCAGCCCCCCAUCUUCCAAACAAACAAAACAAAUUUCCAACCCAUUGUACUUACUGCUUAUAUAAUCCUUCUCUUCAGUAUAUUGAUAUAUUAUACUGCUGCUACUACAUUGUCAUGGUUACUGUGAAUACAUGAGAAUAUUGUACAUUUCCUGACAGAACAGAGAGCAUCUGUUUACACUUUAAACACCUGCAAUAUUAUGCACUUAUUAAAUAGUAGUUGUUAGAGUUUGGGUCACCCUUACAUUAACUUUUAGUGUGAUUUAAACCAUGAUAGUCUUGAAACAAUUUGCAAUUUUCAAAUGGUCUUUUUUGAAAAAAAACACAACUUUUUUGUGGUUUUUGAAUGUAGCUUUUUUUAUUCAGCCUCUCUCCAGUUUGUAAUUUUAGCAGCUAUGGUUGCUAAGGUCCAAUUUGCCUGGAAACCAGUCAGUGGUUUGGAUGAAAAGCCUGAAUAGGAGAGGGCCAAAUUAAAAAGCUAAUGUAAUAAAAAUGUAUCAUUACAAAAAAAUGGCAGUGGAGAAAGGCAAAGAAUAAAAAUAAAUAUUAAUUAUGAAAACAAAGUACCAUGGUGCUGAGAAUAGAUCAUUCUGUAACAUACUGAAACUUAACUUAAAGGUGAUCUACACCUGUAACUUUUACUGCUAGAGGCGUAACCGCAAAAUUCCACUUUAUUCUGUGGCAGCAAUAGAAUCUAUAGAUAAGGAUUCAUUCCCAUUGUUAAAUAUUUCUCCAUGCAAAUUUUCAGUGGAUAGAUGCUCUAAAAUGUAAUAGUUGAUGACGAAACGCAAAUGUGGGGGGGUUGCUAGAGAAGAGACUGCUGCAGACUAGUUACAUACAUGUAUGUUUUUCUGCUCCUCACAUUUCUUUACAAAAAACCUUGUUUAUCACUGGAACUAGACUGCACUCCAUAUUAAAUUAUCUCUGGGUAGCUGUUAUGUAUCAGAUACUUUUGUCUGUAUAUACUAAGACUUUCUUUUCCAGUAGGAAAUGUGUGAUACCAACCAAACUGUACUAAAUCAAAAUAAUUUGGGCAUUGAUAGUUACUUAAUCACACAUACGCUAUUGGGAAAGGUUGCAGUGCAUUUAUAAUUGCACAGACAGCCGACUUUAAAAUAAUUUUAUGUCUGUCUCCCUCUGUGAAUGGAUAUGCAGUGUUCAGAAAUUAGCAUUCUCUAAAAGGAUCUUUUAAAUUUUUAAAAUAUGAGUGAUUGUAUUAGAUCAGCAAUAAGGAAUCUGUAAUGUCACAACGAUAAAUAAAAUGAUGUAUAAAUCUUG